GGAGGUUUUUUUUUCCCCCCUUUCUUCUUAAAUUCUUCCGCAAGAAUAAUGGCUUAAUCUGCUCCUUCAAGAGCACAAAAAAAGGACUCAUUAGUUUAAACCGUUUAGAGAGGAAGCAGUCCGUGCAAGAAAAGAACGAUUAAAAAAGUUUUGCAUAAAGUUAACUAAUCUUUUGAUCACCGCAACUGGAUAUACAUAAUCGUUUAAUACUAAUGAAGUGGCUUAGUUGCGGCUUGUGAUUUUUUAAAAAUUAUUUUUAUUUAUUAAUUUCUACACUAAGUCGACUUUUAACUGUAGGCUGCAUGUAAACGCAGUCUGUUUUUAUUUUUUCGGCAACAGAAGGACAGACGCGGCGAUGCUGAGUAGAGAGCAGCGGCUUCUCCCACGGCGCGCCUGCCUCCUCGUGCUGUUCGGCUGCGCUCUCUCUCUCGGGCUUCAGCUUAAGAACUUGACCCGCGAGGCAAAGAAGUGGAGACCAGGGCUACCGGCAGCUGUGCCGUCUCUGAAGAACAAUCGUUCCUCUGCAAAACUGCAGAUCGGCGUGGGCAGGAUCGCGGUGCAAGACAAAGAAUCCGCAGGGAACGCGACCGGCGAGUUUGGCCAGCUGACAGGCCCUAAUGUUUGCAGUGGUAGAUGCUGCUCAGGAUGGAGUGUGGCUCCCAAAACGAAGAAGUGCACAAAACCUCAGUGUACCCCACGUUGCUUAAAUGGAGGCACCUGCAAGCAACCUCAGAAGUGUGUCUGCAAGCCUGGCUUCGAAGGCUCCCGGUGUGAUCGAGCCAUUACCACAGCUGCUCCUGUCACGACCCUCCAAGCACAGCCCACCAAUCCCAUCCUCGGUUCAGUGCCAAAUGCUGUUCAGUUGAAGAAAGCACGGACAGAGAUGACUGACCAAGUGAAAAGGAAGACACCUGGGAGUGAAAAGAAGUUGGCGACAGUGCGCUGGCAGCCUCUGACGUUGAAGGAAGCCCAGUCUGUUCUGCAGAAGAAAUCCUCAGCAGCCAGCGGUGCAUCCAGCAAGAUGGUAGCCUUGCUUUCUAAACAUGUUGAGGCGGAGCGGAAUAAGCUUCUGUUGGCAGGCCUCAUGGAAGCCAAAGGGACCAGAGUGAAGACCAUACGCACUCCGAGAGGAGAAUACACCAUUCAUAGGACUCCUGUCUUGGCUGCGAACCAGAGCAUGGCAGGGGAGCAUGUGAAAGUGCUCUUCACCCCUACCAUCUGCAAGAUCCGCUGUACCAACGGGAGAUGUGCCAACCACUGCGAGAAGGGGAACAUGACCACCCUCUACAGCACUGAGAAUGGACACUCGUCACCGGGAGCGGGCUUUCGAGUGUUUUUGUGCCGACUUCUCUGCCAGAAUGGAGGAAUAUGCAUCCAGCAGGACCGCUGCCUCUGUCCACCUACUUUCACUGGGAGGUACUGCCAAAUCCCAACCACGGCCUCCCCCUCCUCCAACAACGAGAUCGAGGCGGUUUCCCAAAACGACAUGGCUGUCAUCAGUAAUGGGCGACUUGUGCAUUCAGUGCACACUCUUCCCCUGCAGAGCCACCAGCACGAGAAAAAUGAAAAUGCUUCCAUGGUGAAUGUUCAUGUCCAGCAUCCUCCUGAGGCUAAUGUGAAAAUCCACCAAGUGUUGAGGGUCCGUGGUAGACAAGCACUCCCCAGCCUGGAACAGAGUGAUUCGAGUUUUCCAAGGGUCUCCGAGGACAACAGGAAUGCUCUAACAGCAAGAGAGAGGAACUCCGUUUUAGCCUCCAGGACACAAGAGAGGCCAAUCAUUAAUGGCAGAAGUUCUGAGACGUUGGGCCAUUGCUUUACAGAAGUCAGGAGUGGCCAGUGUAGUUCUCCUCUGCCUGGAACUCACACACAGGAUGCAUGCUGCCAGGGCUCAGGGUUGGCCUGGGGAAUUGCUGAAUGUGCCCUUUGUCCAUCAUUUCAAGGUAAUGGCUCCAGGGGAGAUGCUGGCUGUCCAAGAGGCUUCAGGAGAAUCAAUGGCACACAAUGUGUGGAUAUAAAUGAGUGUUUGGAACCUGGGUUCUGUCGGAAUGGAGAUUGCGUGAACACCAGAGGAAGUUACACAUGCAUUUGUAAGCCCGGAUUCUUAUUGGACACCGCACAUGGACGCUGUAUUUCUCAUCAUGCACUGUCCGAGGUCAAAGGCCAGUGCUACCGUGUGCUGAAGACUGGUUUCUGCUCCUUGCCCCUCUUGAGAAACAUCACUAAGCAGGUGUGCUGUUGUAGCCGGGUGGGAAAAGCAUGGGGCAGAACUUGUGAUCGGUGCCCUGCCUUUGGAUCAGAGGCUUUUAAAGAAAUCUGUCCUGCUGGGCCUGGCUACCAUUACUCCGUAUCAAACAUCAAAAUUAACCUUGGAACUGUGGAACAUGGAGCAGGGGCCAGCUCUCACGGCCAAGGACAUGGACAGCAGACCACAACUACAACCCAAGCAUCUGUAACCUCACCUAUUGACUCUCAUCGAACUAGGCCGAAGGAAGAAGAACGUACCUUUGUGCAAGCUUCCCCUUUCCCACUGGAUGUCCGAGAUGUUCCAUACACUCCAGAGACUAGCGUAUGUGACUCAAGGCCACAUAUCUGUGGAUCUGGAACAUGUGUGCCUCUUCAGGGUAGCAGAUAUUUGUGUGAGUGCCACCCUGGCUACCAACAGGUCAACCAGCAAGCUCCAUGUGUAGAUGUAGAUGAGUGUCGAGAGACCCCCAAUCCUUGUACAAAUAGCCACUGUGAGAAUACAGCUGGCAGCUACAGAUGUGUAUGUUCUACAGGCUUCCGGAUGAAUCCUCAGAGAACCAAAUGCAUAGACAUCGAUGAGUGUCGCCUAACCCCUAGCCUUUGCUCAAAUGGACGCUGUGAAAACUCAGCUGGCAGCUACAAAUGUCUGUGCCUUCCUGGUUUCAGAGCAGAUGCUCAAGGCACCAGAUGUACAGAUAUCGAUGAGUGUCGUCAGACCCCCAGUAUCUGCUCAAAUGGCCGCUGUGAGAACAUAGUGGGCAGUUACAGAUGUGUGUGCCCCACUGGUUUUAGAUUGGACCGCGUUGGAAACAAGUGCACAGAUGUGGAUGAGUGUCAACAAACGCCUAGCAUUUGCUCAAACGGACGUUGUGAGAACUCAGUGGGAAGCUACAGAUGCACAUGCAACGCGGGUUUCAAGCCGAGCCUUCAAGGAGCUAAGUGUGCAGAUGUGGAUGAAUGCCAGCUAAACCCCAGCAUCUGUGCCAAUGGACGCUGUGAAAACACAGUGGGCAGCUAUAGAUGUGUCUGUGCCACCGGUUUUAAGGCUGAGCCUCAAGAUGCCAGGUGCAUAGAUAUAAAUGAAUGCCAGCAGACUCCUGGCAUCUGUCCAAAUGGCCAUUGUGAAAACAAACUGGGCAGCUACAGAUGUGCCUGCAGCAGUGGAUUCAGACUGGAGCCCGAUGGGACCAAGUGUGUAGAUAUUAAUGAGUGCCAGAUCUCUGCACCCUGUGGAAGCCAUGGCCGCUGCUUAAAUUCAGAAGGCUCUUAUAGAUGUGAGUGCAAGCCAGGAUACAGGAUGGAUGGAGGAGGACAGCGCUGCACAGAUAUCAACGAAUGUUUUGAAGGAGAUUUUUGUUUUCCUAAUGGAGAGUGCUUAAACACAGAGGGCUCCUAUAGCUGCCUGUGCUCUCCUGGCUACAAACUGGGCCCAAAUGGAAGCUUGUGCGUUGAUAUAGAUGAGUGUACUCGAUCUGAUCUCUGCCAGGAUGGCCAUUGCAUCAACACAGAAGGUUCCUUUGAGUGUUCCUGCAAGACUGGAUUUGCCGCCAAUCCCGAGAGGAAUACUUGCCUUGAUUUGGAUGAAUGCGCAGAGUCCAGGGGAGCGGUGUGUGCCUCCCAACGCUGUGAAAAUACAAUUGGAUCAUAUCGCUGCAUUGCCAGUUGUGAGCCAGGACACCGUCUGACAGCCAGUGGUGCCUGCAUAGAUAUCAAUGAGUGUGUCAAUGCUACAAUCUGUGGUGACCAUGCUUUCUGCCGCAACCUGAUGGGCACCUAUCAGUGUUUAUGUGAUCAAGGCUAUGAAUCGGCCCCUGAUGGCAAAAGCUGCACAGACAUUAACGAGUGUCAAAGCAUGCAGGGUGUCUGCGGUACCGCUCUUUGUGAAAACAUGGAGGGCUCUUUCCUGUGUAUUUGUGCCAAAAGGGAGGAGGAGUUUGACCCCCACAUUCAGCGGUGCGUCAGCAGGGAAUUACCAGCAGUGCCAGAUUCAGGAUUAAGCAGUCCCAGCGUUAUAAACUGGGAGGGUCCUUCCACACCGAGAAGAGCCAAUGUCACCGACUGCUACUAUAACAUCAACGACCCGAUGGUGUGCAGCAAUGUGCUGGCACAGAACAUCACCAAGCAGGAGUGCUGCUGCACGAUCGAAGUGGGUUGGGGAACGAACUGUCAGAUCUCCCCCUGCCCCACCUCUGGGACAGCUGAAUACCUGGCACUUUGUCCACAUGGAAGAGGUUAUAUACCAUCACCUUCAGACCCCUUCGAAUACAUAGAUGUCAACGAGUGUGCACUCUUUGGAUCAAGGGUGUGCAAAAAUGGCUUGUGCAUCAACAAUGAGCCCGGCUACUCAUGCUACUGCAACAGCGGUUAUUACUACGAUGCCACCGUGCUGGAGUGUGUUGAUAACAACGAAUGCUUGGAGGAAGGAGCUUGUCUUGGCAGCCACUGCGUCAACACUGUGGGGUCUUAUUACUGCACAUGCCAGCCACCGCAGAUUUAUGAUCCAAUACGUAGAGUGUGCGUCAGCAACACCAGCCAGUCUGUUGGACAGGAUGAAAAUCUGAGCAUCUGCUGGGUGGAGCUGGGAGAAAACCUUGAGUGCAGACGCAUCCUGAUGGAGAGGCAAACCACCUUCACAGAGUGCUGCUGUCUGUAUGGAGAGGCAUGGAGCUUAGAAUGUGCGCUGUGUCCUGACAGAAAUUCAGUUGAUUAUGAAUUAAUGUGCAACAUGCCAAGACCACCUGGCUUUGAUGGUCCAUUCACACUUGAGGAGCCUAAUCCUUACAGUGAGGCGUACAUAAGACAAUUUGAAAGAAGUUAUCCUGGCCCUUACGGACCAGGCCCUUAUGAUGACCCAUCAAGCAGAGGAGGCAUUUCUGAGUAUGUGCGACCUGGAUAUGGAGACUACUCGUCUUUACGAGGCCGUGUGGAAGGAUACAGAGGUGCAGCAGAGCAGUACACGCCAGCAGAGAGGCCCUAUGAGAGGCGGGGCUCAUCCCAGAGAUUUGGUACUGAAGGAUAUGAAGAAGACCCAUCAUACGAGUCCCUGCCACCUGAAACUGGCCCCGUAUUAGUAGAUCCAGUUUAUGAACCAGGAGGCAGACAGUCAAGCAGAACAGGAUUCGGCUCAAGGAGCUCUCAGUCUGCUGGCCCACCAGUAGUUCCAAUUGAACCUCAACCUGGAGAGCCUUGGUUGCAAUACAGACCACGGGAAAGAGUACCAUAUCAGGAAUACCCUGGUCAGCCUUUGAGAAGGACCCGGACAGAGUCCUUUGAGAGAAGGUAUGAGGGAUACGAAGGUCUAAGUGCUGACGAGUGUGGGAUUUUGCACGGGUGUGAAAACGGUCGAUGUAUUCGUGUCCCAGAGGGUUACACAUGUGAUUGCUAUGAUGGCUACCAGCUGGAGAUGACAACCAUGGCUUGCAUUGAUAUUAAUGAAUGUGAUGAAGCAGACGACCCUGCCACGCUGUGCAUGAACGGGCAGUGCGUGAACACCGAUGGCUCCUACCGAUGUGUGUGCCUGCGUGGUUUCAUCAUGUCCCUGCAGCCAAACUAUUGCAUUCCGGCACUGCCCCAGGAGUGAAGGACCAGCACUGACAGGGGGCGCUACAGGCACCACUCACACUAAGCACCAAAGAGUUUGCAUCUAAUUAUUAACUUUUUUUCACUUGUUUGUAAAAUUAGUAGUACUGUAUUGGUUGGUUCAUUUCCACAAAAAAGGUUAACGAAGGGAGUUGUAUUUAAAGACCAUAAGCAAAGAGAAAACAAGGAGAAAAAAAAAUAUUUAUUUUUUAUUUUAUUAUUAAUUUUUUAGAUCUGCUUGAUAAUCAUAGAACUUCCUCUGAUGGGACAUUGAAUUUAACGCUGUUUUACCACACAAGUUACUGCUAGUGAUUUAGUGUUUUCUUUUUCUCGUACUGUAAUGGAGGUGAAGCUGCAACCCAAAAGUCAAGUGCUCUGCUUCAGGGCUUUGUCACUUUGGUGGAGGCGAAGGCUUGAAGUUAGGCGGGACACACAGUUCCGGUUUCAUAAUGAAUUAAUCAAAGGAACAUUUUCCGUAUGCAGGUUUUAAAGUUGCUUCUUCAUUCACUCUGUAAUGCGUGCCUCACUCGGAGCAGUUUGUGCUUCCCUGUCAGAUCAUCAAAUAUCCAGCCAACUAGGCUGUGUGGGAUAUAAGUUACAUUUACAUGACACUACUGCAAGUUGUUGAUUAGAAUUACUUUUAAAAUGUCUUUGUGACCAAUUCUCUUCAACAUCCAUCCAUCCAUCCAUUAUCCAACCCGCUAUAUCCUAACUACAGGGUCAUGGGGGUCUGCUGGAGCCAAUCCCAGUCAACACAGAGCGCAAGGCAGGAAAAAAACCCUGGGCAGGGCGCCAGCCCACCACAGUCUCUUCAACAUAGCCCUUAUUAAUCAGUUGAUCAAUCAUAUUUUAUACUACUUUCACCAUCACCUAUUAUAAACACACAUUACACAGCAAUUCAGAGGAAUUAUACAAUAGCUACUUUCUUAUAUAUCCUUUAUAUCUAUUGCUGUAAUAAAGUUGUAUAUAACAACAAUGAAAUUUUUAAGUUUCUUUGUUAAAUAUAAUGCCUCUUAUAAUAAGCACAAAUAAAAGCUCUCUACAGGAUUAACCCCAAUUAAUAAUCCGUGCCCUUCACAGCAAGUGCCAUCAAAAAGCCAGCUGAGUAAUGACAUUUGAUUGUAUAAUCUUGAACAAAUACAUUAAUCUAUCCAUUUUUGUAACCCGCUUAUCCAGGGCAGUGUCGUGGGGCAGCUGGAGGAGUUCCCAGCAAUUAUCGGUCUAAAGGCAGGAACAACACCUGGGUAAUACAAUCCAUCAGCAUUUAUAAAUUUAGUGCCUUUAAUGACAUUAGUAUUAAAAUGAAAUAUAAAAAAUGUUCAC